UGCACCACUGAUGCGUACCCGCGAUCGCCUUGUGUGAUCGAAAUUGUUGGGUUAACGAUUCUAAUUCGGAAAAACGGUCCCCUGUUUACGACCGUGGGUUCUCGAACGGGCGCAUCAAUCUUGCCGUUCGCUCGCCUGACUGUUCAUGCAACUGUCGGGAUUACAAGCAGGUGAUAUUCUUCCUGCCGUGUGACACCUUUAAUAAUGCUAAAAAGCCCGGGAAUAUUUCAUCGUUGAUAUGCAUAGAGAGGGCUGAAGAGGCAGAUACCGGCAUCUGUGCUUGACGGGAGGGCAGAUGCAACUACGUAACUUGGGCACCGUGAGUUGACGACAUUCUCGCGGCUUGUGUUGCGGUGAGGCCGUCACACCGUAAAGCUGUAAAUUCGCCGGCUGGCCUGAGAUUUCUUUGGUUUUUUCGAUGGAAGGGACAAUUUUACGGGACUGAGUCACCGCAGACGGCUCACGUGUCGCCAGACUUCAUUGUCUAGCGCGCUGCAUGUGCUUUGUCUGUUUGGCCUGACCGAGGCACGGGCGUGUGAGGCGGGCAACCAGCGGCUAGAAGCAAGAUGACCAACCCGAUCCUAGGCGGAGGAGGGCCGGCCCAUCGACGGAUGUCCUCAGACUCGGACAGAGAGCUUGAAGGGUCCAACCGUUGUUGGGGACUGUGCUGCGGGCCUGGUUUGGCCUUAGGAAUUGUGGCCUGCAUCUACUUCAUCAUUAUCUUGCCUGCUGGGUUGUUCCUGGCUAUGGUGGGUGGACCCAAAAGUACCGUACUCCUCCUGGUCGGCUUGUCCUUUGUCUUCAUUCCGCUGGUUAUCUUCUCUGUGGCUUGCUUCUGUUACCGGCGACGGAAGAGGAGGCAAAACGCUGGCUACCACACCCCGUCAGCAAAUUUCGUCCACACCCCUUCGCACGUAUAGAGACAGGUGUUUGUAUCGCUCUGUGGAUAACAUGCUGCCAUCACAGGCCCUAGUCUGACGUACGUCCGUGCUCAGUCAGAUUCGCCAUUUCACGCUAUCGGUGAAGCAGCAGUUUGGAUUUGACAUUGUUUCCGCGAGCCUGUCCACAGCCACGAUGAAUCUGCGAGAUUUCCGAAGGCGCUUUGGGUAAUGGGAUCCGGAUAAUGGACGACGAUGGUGGUAUUUGUUUAUUUACCCUAGUUGCCGGUGUGGCCCCUAACGUGGUAUAUUUGAUUUGUCGCCUCUUGCGUCUUGCUGGAGCAAUAUUUUUACUUCAAAUUUCUUCAAGCUCUUUCCCGAUUACAAAUCUUUCGGUAACGUGCAUGCUGAAAAGUUCCAAUGAAAUUCUCUCUUGACCUGAUUUUCCAUUUUUUCGAUGUGCACAAUGAUUUAGUAAGAAAAUUAGUGGCUCACAAAGUUUUAGUUGGUCAGGGCCUAUGUGGGUAUUAAAGGUAAUACUGAUUAUCAGAAUUUAUCAAUUUGAAAGAAAUUCUUUAAUGUUGUCAUGUGGGAUUUUCUGAGAUUUGUUCAAGUCUACCGCGUUAGGGAACUCUCUACCCGAUUGCCGGACCCCAUGCACCUUUUUAGAGCUUUGGACUAAAUUUCACGAUACUGAAAUUGUUAACUAAGGUUAACAGCACGACUAUGAAGGUAAAUAGUACCAAUAUGUAACUGAAUGAAUUUGUAGCUUUUCAGCAAAGAGGAUCGGCAACAUUCCGUAAGGAAGCAUCGAAAGUGUACUAUAUCAUGGCCAGGGAAUCUACGGCGACAUUCGCAUCUGACAUGAAAACCUGAAGUUUACAGCCUGAUAGGGCCGAGGCUAGACAGCCGAUAGAUUUCCGGAGUGAACUCCAACUGGCCAGUGAGAACCAGCUUGACGCAAAAGCGGAGAACAGCAUCCAGCUUCUUGUGCGUGAUUGAUUGGCAGAAGUGAUCGGCAUAGACAUACGCGUGCUAGCUUAGCCAGUCAGCAAUGUGUGGCUCGAGCGUGUGUGGUGGCAUCUUUGUACGUAACAAGAGUAGGCUCAUUAUACAGCAAGCUGCAUUAGAAUUACGGCUAUUGGCGCUUGGAUUCGGACGGUCGUAAAUUCAGUUUCAAAGGUAACUGUUGUGUGCUGGUUAAAUAGAAUUUGGAAAGUUGUCGUGUCCGUACCUCGUGGACAAUGUGACACGACGGAUGUCGAUGAAUCAAACUGUAACUCUAAAUUAAUACUUUUUGAUGAUAAGUGGUAUUUUUCUCUGCUAACGUGUACAACUGCUAUUCGUCCUGCCUUCACAAAUUAGACUGUCGCUGGUCUGACGUUCAAAACCGGAACGAGGAAAAUACAGCUUAAUGCUUUCAUUUUGUGUAUUUUUAGUGUGUAGAUGAACAAUAUACGUAGGAAAACAUUAUUUUGAACGUGUCCGUUUCGUAGAUUUCACUUAAACCUUUCAAUUUUGAUCUGUAGGCCUAGUAAUUGAAAUUUCAUAUAGGUAAUGUACCGCAAGUCUUACAACACUUGAGAUCAACUUACACAACAUUUCAAGACACUGACAAUGACGGCUCGUUCCACACAGAGCCGAGAUGAUCUUUGACGGCCGUGUUACAAACGUGGAAUGGCCUAAACUAUGUAGUUCCCUAUGACGUGGUUAGUAGUACGUAAUGUGGCUUGCGCCAGUGUAUGCUUUGCCAAACGAUUUCACAGGAAAGUAACAUGCGCAUGCGCACAAGGAAUAUCCAUGACGAGGGAUAUAAAAAGAUGGAUUGCUAGCUGUACUUGUGAAUAGUUAGGAAUUUACCUUUUAGUCCUUCUGUUUUCAAUACAGUGUCGAUUUUACUUCGAUCAGCUCUAAUCUUUGUAUUUUUCAUUAUAUGUUUUUUUUUAGAUAUAUCGUUGCGCAAAUUGUGAUAAUGUAGAAGUAUACUACCUAUGGUCAUAUUUGACCACAACGGUUCACAACCGAAGUUUACGAAAUCGCCAACAACGCAGGGAUUAAUAUUUUUGUCCGUCUUUUAAAAGACAAAUGAGUAUCCCUGCAGGGAUUCGGAAACUUUCCUCUGAAUUUCCUAAAUUAGCAAACAAAGCCUAAAAUCUUCACAAUAUUUUCAGGAGAUGAAUUUCAAAUUGUUAGAAAUUAACAUUUUCCCCAUUUCACCCCAAUGUUUGACUUGACCGAGUCAGCAUACGGCUUCCAUGGAACCACAUGCAAAGCAAAACAUUACUAAAUACUGUUGUAAUACAGGCAUAAUUAUCAAACCCCGAUAACAGUCCUUCCGUUGGGCGUAACAUUAAAACAUAGGUCUACCGAUUUAUGGUAGGUAAUCUUUUAGUCAGUUUUUGUCACACAAGUUAUUAUUUUUUUUCUGCAAAUGAUGUAUAAGUGUGUUGUACAGUACUUUUUAACAUUAUUGAUAUCUUUUUGCCCAGGGUAAUUUUUUGUAAGCCGUGAGUGGAGCUUUGUGCAAUAUUGAUCUGGCGGGAUUAAAAUAACGUAAUGUGAUCAGAA